UUUAUGCUUUGAGUGCGAAUCGUUCACUUCACUUAGAGCACCUAAAAUUCGUCAAUAACAAGUGGCUUUCUGCAUUACGAAACUGAAUUGUCCAUUUGGUUUUGGAUAUCAUUCGAGCAUCAUUCAUCAGGGGAUACUUGUCAUCAGCGUUGAUUCUUGCCAUCCUGGUCACGUGUUUCCUACAUAACCGGCCUUAUCGGGGUAUUCCCCCGUUUUGUACUGUUAGCUUCAUAAAGUCUUCGUUGUAGAUGGCAAAAGUUGUUGAACCAUAUGCUAACAUUUCGGCUCAGGAAUUACUCAGCACUGGUGCCAGCUGCUCCGGCUGGGUCAUGAAAGAGAGCACUUCAGGCUUACGAACGAUGAUCAAAGCCCUCGGUUGGCCAUGGUAUUACAUGAUCUUGAAUUCUGGAUGCCUUUAUCUGUACAAGCAUUCUGGUGACGACAACUAUGCUGAGGUGUUCCCGUUGACGAAUUACAGCGUAUGUGAUGCACAGGAGGUUACGAAAUAUACUUGGGCAUUUAAACUGAUCAAUGAAUCAUAUUCAAUGAAAACGCUUUUCUUUGCUGUGGAUUCUGAGUUUGAUCUUAAUCGUUGGCAAGAAGCGAUAACGGAGGACAAGAAAAUUUAUUGCUGCCCUGUCUCAGAGGUAGAUCCAGCACAGGAGCACCGCUCUAUCAACAUUAAUCGAACUGGUCCAUCUUGCUCACCGCCAGCUCUCGCUCGCAGACCUAAUGCAAGAACAAUACCUCACAAUUUAGAGCUAUCGCGUAAUGAUCCUACGGAUGUCCCUGCAGGACAAGCUUCAGUCUCUAACGAGACAACAAAAGUGCACAGCAAGCCACAUGCUAAAGUAACUCAGCAGGUCACAUGGUACAUCCCACCUCCUCAUUCAGAAACCAACGUAACAACGAAGCAGCGUCCUUUUUCCGUCCUUGCGGGACCAUCCCAGGAAAAUAGGCUAACGCAGUCAAACGUGCCACCUUGGUUUGGAACACAACAGGAAGCAAGAAUAAGACCAUUACCCAAACGAUCCCAGCAAAAGAAAAAUGAACCUGUACAAUUCUUCCAAAGGUCACUCCAAGAAGUGGAGGCUCACAGUCCAUCAGAAUUUCCAAGUUCGUCCAGAUCACCAUUGACCGCAAGUAGCUCCACUCCAAUGAAAUCUGAAGCACUCGAAAGAGGUGCCCCGGAUGGACAAAGUGUCAAAAGUGGACAAAGAGAGGUGAGCUACGGACUCGAGCAGGAUAAAUCUUCACUGACUUUGAUUCAUGACAUGGACAGCUCACAAGCUACUAAGUUGCUGAAGGACAGGCCCGGAGUUUAUAUUUUACGCAAAAGUAAAACCAAACAAUCGACAAUGGUUUUGUCGGUUGGUACAGGGGAUAAAGUCGUGCACUUUCGGAUAUCUUAUGACGAGGGACAAGGAUAUUCUCUCAAAGAACAAGGAACCCCAAGAUUUCCCGAAAUAAAAGACUUGUUAAGUCAUUACUCCUCGUUUGAUCUCCCCACCCAUGAUUUGAAACUGACCGUGGCAGCCACUUACAGAUAGAAAUUGACAAUUUUUUUUUCCGAGCAUAAAAUAAAAUAUCUCUAUGUGUGGCUUGUAUGAAGUUUUAACGUUCCAGCCCUGGCUACUCAAUCUCAAGCAUUCAUGAUCGUCAUUAUGGGGCGCUUAU